CUGAGCAGUGACUGUGUGCAGCAACACACCCAGAAACAGACCAGAGCUUCAGACGCGAAACCUGCCAUGGCUGCCACCGGAGUUCUGCCCUUUAUCAGAGGGGUAGAUCUGAGUGGGAAUGACUUCAAAGGAGGUUAUUUUCCUGAGCAUGUCAAGUCUAUGACCAGCCUGCGGUGGUUGAAACUCAACAGGACCGGGCUCUGUUAUCUUCCAGAAGAGCUCGCUUCCCUCCAAAAACUGGAACAUUUAUCAGUAAGCCACAACAGCCUGACCACUCUGCAUGGAGAGCUCUCCAGCCUUCCUUGUCUCAGGGCAAUUGUGGCCCGAGCAAACAACCUGAAGAACUCCGGAGUUCCAGAUGACAUUUUCCAAUUGGAUGACCUCUCUGUGCUGGAUUUGAGCUACAACCAGCUGACGGAGAUCCCCAGAGACCUGGAGCACUCCAAGACAAUGCUAGUACUAAACCUCAGUCACAACAGCAUUGACAACAUCCCAAACCAGCUGUUCAUCAACCUGACUGACUUACUGUAUCUGGACCUGAGUGACAAUAAACUGGAAAGCCUGCCUCCACAGAUGAGACGCCUGAUCCACCUGCAGACGCUCGUACUGAACAACAACCCCCUAAUGCACGCCCAGCUCAGACAGUUGCCUGCUAUGGUUGCACUCCACACCCUUCACUUGAGAAACACCCAGCGCACCCAAAGUAAUCUGCCAACAAGCCUCGAGGGGCUGACUAACCUAGCAGAUGUUGACCUGUCCUGUAAUGAUCUGAGUAGAGUCCCCGAGUGUCUGUACACUCUGUCCAGCCUGAAACGUCUGAAUUUGAGCAGCAACCAGAUUGCCGACCUCUCUCUGUGCAUCGACCAGUGGACUCAAAUGGAAACACUAAACUUGUCUCGGAACCAGCUCACAUCUCUGCCGUCUGCUAUCUGUAAGCUUACCAAGUUGAAGAAGCUCUACAUGAACUCGAACAAGCUGGACUUUGAUGGGAUACCAUCAGGGGUUGGCAAGUUGGUCAGCCUGGAGGAGUUCAUGGCAGCUAACAAUAACCUGGAGCUGGUUCCCGAGGGCCUGUGCAGGUGUGGCAAGCUAAAGAAAAUGGUUCUCAAUAAGAAUCGUCUCGUCACGAUGCCAGAGGCCGUUCAUUUUCUUCCAGACCUUGAGGUCCUAGAUGUGCGAGAGAAUCCAAAUCUGGUGAUGCCUCCUAAACCAGUGGACAGGACUGCUGAAUGGUACAAUAUCGAUUUCUCGCUUCAGAACCAGCUCCGAUUGGCUGGGGCGUCUCCUGCCACUGUGGAAGCAGCUGGAGGAGGGAGCGCCAGCAGAGACCCCCUGGCCAGAAAGCUGCGUCUGCGGAGAAGGAAGGACUCCAGCCAGGACGACCAAGCCAAGCAGGUCCUGAAAGGCAUGUCCGAUGUGGCACACGACAAGAACAAAGCGAUAGAGGAGAAUGGAGAUGUGAAAUACACAGACCUGAAGACGCGGCGCUGGGACAAGAACCUGGAGAAACCUCAGCUGAAUUAUUCAGAGUUCUUCACGGAGGACGUGGGCCAGAUCCCAGGACUCACCGUCUGGCAGAUUGAGAACUUUGUCCCGAUGCAGGUGGAGGAGGCAUUCCUGGGGAAAUUCUAUGAAGCGGACUGUUACAUUGUACUGAAGACAUUCCUAGAUGAGAACAGUUCCUUGAACUGGCAGAUCUUUUACUGGAUCGGACAGGAGGCCACUAUGGAUAAGAAGGCUUGCUCAGCCAUCCACGCUGUCAAUCUGCGCAACUACCUGGGAGCUGAGUGCAGGACCGCCCGAGAGGAGAUGGGGGACGAGAGCGAGGAGUUCAGCGCGGUGUUUGACAAUGAGAUUUCGUACAUUGAAGGAGGAACGGCUAGCGGCUUCUUCACAGUGGAAGACACACAAUACAACACCAGGUUAUAUCGCAUUUAUGGCAAAAAGAACAUAAAACUGGAAUCUGUUCCCCUGAAAGCUGCUUCCCUGGACCCACGCUUUGUGUUUCUUCUGGACAAUGGCUUGGAGAUCCUCAUUUGGAGGGGAGCUCAGGCCACUCUGAGUGGAACCACAAAAGCCAGGCUGUUUGCUGAGAAGAUCAGUAAGAAUGAGCGGAAGGGGAAGUCUGAGAUCACGGUGCUGGUUCAGAACCAGGAGACCCCGGAGUUCUGGGAGCUCUUGGGAGGACAGCCGGAGGAAAUCAAGAAGCACGUACCUGAUGACUUCACACCCGUCCGACCUAAACUGUACAAGGUUGGACUUGGUCUUGGCUACCUGGAGCUCCCUCAGAUUAAUUACAAGCUGUCUGUGGAACACAAGAAGAGGCCAAAGAUUGACCUUCUACCAGAGAUGAGACUGCUGCAGACUCUCCUGGACACUAAGUCGGUGUAUAUUCUGGACUGCUGGUCAGACGUGUUCAUCUGGAUCGGAAGCAAGUCCCCCAGGCUGGUCCGGGCAGCUGCUCUGAAGCUGGGGCAGGAGCUGUGCAGCAUGUUGCACCGGCCCAAGCAUGCCAUGGUCACUCGCAACCUGGAGGGAACAGAGUUUCAGGUGUUUAAAUCCAAGUUUAAGAACUGGGAUGACGUGCUGAAGGUGGAUUACACCAGGAACGCAGAGAAGGUGCUGCAGAAGGAGGGUUUGUCAGGGAAGGUUAAGAAGGACGCAGAGAAGAAAGAUCAGAUGAAAGCAGACUUGACUGCCUUAUUCCUCCCUCGGCAGCCAGCCAUGCCUCUGACGGAGGCAGAGCCGCUGAUGGAAGAGUGGAAUGAGGACCUGGAUGGAAUGGAAGGUUUUGUUCUGGAAGGGAAGAAAUUUGCUCGCCUGCCCGAAGAAGAGUUCGGCCACUUCCACACUCAGGACUGUUACGUCUUCCUCUGCAGAUACUGGGUGCCGGUGGAGUAUGAGGAUGAUGAGAAGGAGAAGGCUGAGAAGAGGGGCGGGGAUGAUGAAGACCGGCAGCAGGAAGAGGAUUUCCAGUGCGUGGUGUAUUUCUGGCAGGGCCGGGAGGCUUCCAACAUGGGCUGGCUCACUUUCACCUUCAGUUUGCAGAAGAAAUUCGAGAGCCUCUUUCCUGGAAAGCUGGAGGUUGUACGAAUGACCCAGCAGCAAGAAAACCUGAAGUUCCUCUCUCAUUUCAAGAGAAAGGUCAUCAUUCACAAAGGAAAGAGAAAGCAGAGGGAAGACAGUGUGCAGCCCAGCCUGUACCACAUCCGGACGAAUGGAAGCGCGCUCUGCACCAGGUGUAUCCAGAUCAGUACAGAUUCCAGCUUCCUGAAUUCGGAGUACUGCUUCAUCUUAAAGGUGCCAUUUGAGAGUACAGACAAUCAAGGUAUAGUGUACACCUGGGUGGGCAGGGCUGCUGAUCCAGAGGAGGCUAAGCUUGCUGAAGACAUCAUGAACAGCAUGUUCGAUGACACUUACAGCAAACAGGUGAUAAAUGAAGGAGAGGAGCCUGAGAAUUUCUUCUGGGUCGGCAUGGGAGCACAGAAACCUUACGAUGAGGAUGCAGACUACAUGAAAUACGCAAGGCUUUUCAGGUGUUCCAAUGAGAAGGGAUAUUUCUCUGUAUCUGAGAAGUGUUCUGAUUUCUGUCAGGAUGACCUCGCUGAUGAUGACAUCAUGCUUUUAGACAAUGGGAAAGAGGUUUACAUGUGGGUAGGAACUCAGACCAGUCAAGUGGAGAUUAAAUUGAGUUUGAAAGCUUGUCAGGUUUACAUCCAGCACCUGCGAUCCAAGGAAUCUGAGCACCCCAGGAAGCUGAGGCUGGUGCGCAAGGGGAAUGAGCCGCACCAUUUCACCCGCUGCUUCCAUGCCUGGAGUGUCUUCAGGAAACCCCCUGCAUAAGAGCUUUAAAGUAGUUUGCAGGGAUGCUGUGUGUUGGAGCGGUUCUCUCUGCUUUACCAGGUUUGAUUGGACAUUCCCGAUACAUUUUAAUACAUUGCAUCCAUGUAGCAGUGAACUGGUUUGUCUUUUUUACUGUAUAGACAGUGCAGCAUCACAAAACUACAAAGUCUCAGAUAUUGGCAUUUUGCUAGGUGUGAAAAUAAAAUACACUUUAAACAUGAAGUACUUUAGAUGGCCUUGCAGCCUGAAAUGCUGGAAAUGAGGAUAAGGUUUAAUUUAAUUACACGAAAGAAUGUAUUUUGGCCAAUUUUGAAUACUUUGAAGCUAAACUAAAUUCACCUAUGCUUCAGAAGAACACCUUUUAUAUUUUGCAUCCAUCUAACUUGAUACCUUCUCUCCUGUUCUGUUUUUAAAUGUAAAAUAUGUAAUGGGGUAUUGUGUGCAGAGGAAAUGAAAUAAUGCACCACUAGAUUUGGGGAGACUGUUUGUUUGUUUUUACAUUUUGUUAAAGUAUGUCCUGUCCAAUCUUUCUUUUUAAGCCCUUGUUGUUAACAGGAUAAAUGACACCAUUGCCUCUGUGUAUAAUAUAUGUAGACUGCAGUAUAUCUAUCCUAUGCAUUACAGCAAUCCACUUGCACCAGAGUUUCCAGAUGUAUUUAAAAAUGUUGUACUGUAUAUUAAGACCCAGUAAAUGAGUGGGUCUUUUUUUUUUUUUUUUUUUUAUUAUUUUUUAAAUGCAGUUUGUGAAAGAUUAAAAUCUUGUGUUCAAAGAAGCUGCAUUUUGUUCUGCUCAUCAUAUGUCCUUUUAAUCAAAUUGCAACAGCAAAAGCUUCCCUUGGAGAUCAGUAAGAAGUGCAUUAGGUGUAAGCAGAACUUGAUGUACAUAAGCAACCUGUUAACUCAACAACUGACGUUCCGAGGUGCUUUUUUUUUUGGUUGUCAUUUUAGCAAAAUAUUUGAAAGCUAACUGCAGAAUAGAAAAGUACAACAUAAUUAGAAGUGGUUCUACCCUCUUUUUUUAGUCCAGUAUUGUAUAAAACCAUUCCUAAAACAUGCUUCUGUAUACUGUGCCAACUUUCCAGAAUUGUGGUCAAGCUCUUGCCAGUUUGACCACAUCAGCGUGCAGUUCAUCAAUGGUAUUGGGUUACAGAAGUUCAGUUGGUUUAAUUAUUUUAUUCUUUAAUACCAGUUGCCAGUGGUGGGCAGUAUAUUUGACUGGGUAGCUGUCCUGAUUUGUGUGUAUACUCAUCACCACUAGUCCUGUUUGGUUUUGCUUUCUUACAGGCGGUAAGCACAUUUUUAAAAAGUACAACUACUGAAAGAGCUGGUAUUGAUUUCUUCUUUGAUACAGGGAUUGCUGUAGCUGCUGCAAAGUCAAAUAAGACCAUGUAUUUAUAGAGAAGAGUCUUGAUAAUUCAGUAAAAGGUUCUUACACCUAUUGUCUUCACAUUUAAAUAAACUGAAAUUACAGCUGUUUCUAAACACUUCCUUUCUAAACCAGGAAUAAUUUAAUACUGAUGCUUCAUACAGUAAAUCAAAGUUUAGUAAGUGAUUGCUAUGGCAGUUUAUAGAAUGACUUGUAGAUGGGCAGUUCCCUGUGCAGUUAAAUUAGCAAAGAAUCUAUCUGAACCUGUAACAGUGGCUGAGAUAUUGAUAUGUAUGAACUCUGCAGAUGGUAUAGCAUGGUAAGCUACUGCGUAUUAAAAUGAGCAAUGUAAUCCUGAGGUUGUACUACAUUUGUAUAUUCUGGUUUUAUUUUAACUGUUUUCCUUGGGAAGGAUUUUGUGCUGGUCAAGGCACCCUCUCAUGUUGAAUGCUGUUCAAAAUGAAACAUGCAAAACUUGAUUUUUGAUUUGAGGUAUGGGAAAUGUUUGUUUUCCUAUUGCGGCAUCAGCUUGUUUGCACUUGCCUAUUCUGCAAUAUUAUGGGAGAUGAAGAAAGUAUAUCUAUUUAUGCAUUUUGUAUUUCAAUAAAAUUGCACAUCAAAUUGUUUUUUUUGUUCUUUUAUUAAAAUAACUUUUUUCCCCACUGUCUAUGGUGCCAUGUAAAAUAAGAGAUUUUUCAAAAAGACCGUUAUCUAGGUACCACUGUAAAAAAAAAUGAUUUCUACUACAGAAAUCUUACUUGGUCAGUAUAUCUUUAUUCAGUAAUACAAGGAGUAAGUCAUUAUAAAACAGGUGUCUUAUCAAUGCAAUAGACCAUGUAACCCUUAGAAAGUUAGUUUAAUAUUAUGUAUAUAUAGCAGCUGUAGCAUUUAGUGUGAAAAAUCCAGAUGCAAUCUCUGUUAGUACUUUUUGUAAACCAUAGAUACUUGCCAAAUCAAUGUAAUGAAGUACCAUAUAACAAACCACUGUACCAUACAAAGCACAUUAAGAGCUAAACUGUCAUAAUUUGUUUUUACUAGACUGCUACUGCAUUUUCAUUUCUAGAUAUUCACCUCUAUUCACCAAGUUAUUUGUUUUCAUGUAUAAAAUCAAGUUUGACAUGAAACUUGUAGAUUAAUCAAUGGUUUCAUUAAACUUGUAUUUUAUUCAUGGGAAAUCAUUCCUUAAAGAACUUGGAGAAAUACAGGGAGUGACCCAUAAGGAUUAGGUCAAACAGCAAAUUAGGAGGCAGUAAAUGCUUUAUUAACAUUAAAACCAAUAUUUUCAGUUACUAGACAAUGCUAACUCAAGGCAACAGGUUCAUUCUACUUGAAAAAAAGAGAAACAAUUUACGGAAACACAAAACAUUUCACAGGGUAGGUGCCAGCGCAAACAAUAUACAAUUUAUAGUUAAAAAAAAAAAAAAAAAAAAAAUCUUAUUUAAUAAAAGGAACAUUGUACACACAAAACAAAAUACCAGAGGGGUCCCUUUAAAAACGUGAAGUAGGUCCAACAUCAGAAAAAAAAAAAAAAAAGUUAUGUUUUUUUUCUUUUGUAAAGGAAAUAUUUUACACAGUAAAAACAGUGAAAAGUUGUUUGUGCAUUUUCAACUGCAAAUUAGCCUACCUGAAAACUGACAUUUCCUAGCCAGGAACACUGCUGUUUUGUACCAGAUGGUUUAAGUCAAACCUGUACUUAAAUGCAGAGGACUGACCCUUUAAACAUUCAUUAUGACAAACUUACCAGCUUAACUAAACGAUGCCUGUACUGUCCCUUGGGAGUUAUUCUUAAAAACAGACUAGUCAAAAUGGUUUCCUAAGUUUUUUUUUUUUAAACUUAGGAAAGACAAGAAAUUCAUGCAGAAAGACAUUGAAAACCAAACUAGUUGCAGGAUCCCUUUAUAAAAAGUGUCUAUAAAAAGUCUGAUAAUCAACUCCAUAUGUAGACUGAAGGCUCAGAGGACAUUAAAACUUCUCUUCCCUGAAACAAAAAGGAUGCAACUGAUUUAAGUGAUCCAUCUACCAGUACCUUUAACAAAACACACAAAAA